AUGAAAUUCCCGGGGUUGACAGUUUAUUUCGAUCAACAUGAUCCCAACUCGGAGAAGCGGAUGGACGGGCAUCGCCCGUCCCUAGCAGGCUUGGACUACUCCCCGCUGCCCCGAAUCUCGUCCCGGUCCUUCGUCAUGGGCGUUCUUGUGUCUAUGGGCGGCUUGAUCUUUGGCUAUGAUACCGGUCAAAUUUCUGGCUUUCUAGAGAUGGACGACUUCGUCCAGAGGUUUGGAUCAACCAAUGCACAAGGCGUCAAGGAGUUCAGCCGUGUGAGGUCUGGCCUGAUUGUUGCUCUGCUCUCAAUCGGCACACUUAUGGGAGCUUUGGUUGCCGCACCUAUUGCAGAUAGGAUUGGGCGUCGCCCUUCGAUCUCCUUCUGGUGUGUAAUCGUGUCUAUUGGCUUUGUGGUGCAAAUUGCUGCCAACACUGCCUGGUACCAGAUCAUGAUAGGCAGAUACAUUUCUGGACUUGGAGUAGGUGCCCUGAGUCUUUUGGUGCCAAUGUACCAGGCUGAGACAGCACCCCCGUGGAUUCGUGGAGCUCUCGUCUGUACCUACCAGCUUUUUAUCACGUUGGGCAUCUUUCUGGCCGCCUGUUUCAACUAUGGCACGUACACCCAUCAUCCCAACAGCUCGGCGAGCUGGAGGAUCGUCAUCGGCAUCGGCUGGAUCUGGACUCUUAUCCUUGGCAUUGGGAUCCUGUUCUUCCCAGAAACACCUCGGUACAACUACCGUCACGGUAAAGCGGACAAGGCCCAGGCAACACUGUGCCAGGUAUAUGGUGCCACGCCCAACCACUGGGCUAUCCACACGCAGAUUGAGGAAAUUGAGAGCAAGCUUCGAGAGGAAACCUUUGUCAAAGGGAAUGCUGUGAAGCAGUUUGUGAGAAUGUUUAGGGCUCCUCGAAUGACAUAUCGAAUCGCUCUUGGAAUGGGCCUGCAAAUGUUCCAGCAACUGACGGGUGCCAACUACUUUUUCUACUACGGAACUACAAUCUUCAAAUCGGUGUCGAUCAAUUCCUUCAUUACUCAAAUCAUUUUGAACACCAUCAACUUCCUCGUCACUUUCAUAGGUCUAUACUUGGUGGAACAUUACGGCCGCAGAAAAUCUUUGAUCUCCGGUUCUCUUUGGAUGUUUGUCUGCUUUUUGAUCUUUGCGUCUGUCGGCCAUUGGGCCCUGGACCGCAAUGAUGCAACUCGAACACCACAUGCCGGAGUUGCGAUGAUUGUUUUCGCAUGCUUGUUCAUUCUUGGUUUCGCGACAACCUGGGGCCCUAUGAUCUGGACAAUCAUGGCCGAAAUCUACCCCUCCCGUUACCGAGCCAGAGCUAUGGCACUUGCCACAGCAUCAAACUGGCUCUGGAAUUUCCUCUUGGCCUUCUUCACGCCUUUCAUCACAGGCGAUAUUGACUUCUUGUAUGGCUUUGUCUUCGCGGCAUGCAAUCUAAUUGGUGCUGCAAUUGUCUAUUUCUUUGUCAUCGAAGGAAGAGGUCUCAGCAUCGAGGAAAUCGAUACCGCCUAUCUCGAACAUGUCAAACCUUGGGAGAGCUCCAAAUGGGUCCCGCCUACCCCUGCCGAAAUGGCAAAGAUUCGGCGACAGGCUGGAACUGAAGUCGCUGGCACUGAAGAGCCCACCGAAAGUUAUCCAACUGCGAGUGAUGGAACAACUGGGGCAGUUAGCAUGAAUAAGAAGGAAGAGAACGGCCUUGAUCAUUCCCACCAUGAGAAUGCGUAG